AUAAAAAUUUAUAAAAUUUUAUCUGAAACUCUUGUGCAGUUUACUACAUAUAUAUUUUGUGUAGAUAUAUCUAGUGCGGUAUAUCUCUUGAGUUUAAAUUUUAUAAGUGAUUAUUAUAGAAAAAUUUGUAGUACUCAGUGAAUUGUUAAUGAAGAAAAAUUAAAGGAACACGUGAUCGCUUUUGUAGAAGUUAUCUUGUAUUCACCACCCAGCACUAAACUGGAGAUUGUUGAAUGAUUUGAGUUUUCCUGUGUUAAGUCAUCAUGAACAGAGAUCGAACAACAAAAACCAAGACUAAGAAGCAUAAUUCUCCCGCUGGUGAUCGAGCAGGUCCCUGUAGCUCAAAUCGUAUAAUGGAUUCAUAUACAGAUGAUCUCUAUCCAACCACAGUGCAACAUCGGCCAGAGCAUGUGUUUCUGUAUUGGCUUACAGUAGGAAUUGGUAUGAGUAUUUAUUUGGUCUGCGUUACCUUCCUGGCGCCAGCUGAAUCACCCAAAUGGACGACCACAUGUAUAACUUCUGGAAUUUUGUGUUUCACGGCACUGUUAUACUUUUCAGAAGUUAAAAGCAGAGCCGAUAAUAUUAAUCGUGUUGGAUUUCUCCAACAUUUACUUACAGUGAUAGGGCAAAGCACACUUGUUGGUAUUGGUUGGAUUGUAUUCGUAAAGGUCGUGGAAGUCACUAGUGAUUCUGUCAAUAAGCAACAAAGGCCUCUAUUCAGAAACCGAGAAACGUCAUGGAGGGAAGACAGUCUUUUCCAUUAUUUGGCUUAUAUAUGCAUGGUGGUCGCUUGCCUUGGACUUUGUGUUCCACGUCAAAAAAUCAGUGAUGUUAAAAUUUUUGUUAUGAAUCUAUUAAAUCGAUUUUGGCAAUGGAUACAAAACUCCAUGGGUUUUUCAAAAGUAGAUAAAAAUGAGGAGGAAUCAGCAAACACUCCCUACAACCAGAAAAUGAUACGGAGCGCUGAAAGAGAAAUAAAAAAACAGGAGCGAGAGAAAAAUAAUAAAAAAAAAGUUAAGAAACAACAAAAGAAAAAGACCUAGUCAGGUUUAAGUUCUGGACUUAAAAAUUUUCACAAAUGAACGAAUAAAUUUUUGAACUCGGAAAAUUAGUAUUAACUGCGGAACUACGUAUGCAGAUAUUAUCAUAUUUUAUAUAUUAAGAAUUGCUUUAUUUCAUGACUGAUAAAUAAAUUACAAAUCUAUUGAAGGUUCGAAAAAUUCGGUAUAUAGUCUGCAAGUAUUUAUAAUAUGCAGGAAGUUAAGCGAUUGCAAUGGGUAUUUUGAACG